GGUGGGAGUUUGGGCCGGUGCCGGUGCCAGUCCCGGUGCCGCCGCCAUGGCGGGGGGUUCGGCGGAGCUGGAGCUGUUCCGGCAGCGCUGGCGGGAGGAGCUGGCGGGGGGAGCCAAGCGGAGGCGGCGGGAGACGGCAGCGGAACUCCCGGUGGGUCCACAGAGCCACCCGAGCGAGGAACCGAGCGAGCCGGGCUACCUGGCGCUGGCCCGCGGCCUGCUGGAUGGCGGAGUCCCGCCCGGCCCAGCCCGGCCCGACCCGCAGCCCGCCCGGCCCGCAGAGGAACCCCCCGGGGACAGGGGAGGAGGAGGAGGCGACGAUCUGCUGGGACAACUGAUCCGGGACCUGAAUGAAAUAAAUGAAGUUCCUUUCUUUGAUGUCCAGCUGCCUUAUGAACUGGCACUGAAGAUAUUUCAGUACCUGGGCAAGACUGAAUUGGGAAGAUGUGCUCAGGUCAGCAGGACAUGGAAAGUGCUUGCAGAAGAUGAAGUGCUGUGGUACAGGUUGUGCCAACAGGAAGGAUAUCUGUUAGAUACCAGCAUCUCAGAUCAGUCCUGCUGGAAGCUCGCCCUCAGGAACUGCCGUGCCAGAGAGCGCACUUUGAAAACCAACUGGAAGAACCGGAUCGGUGCUGUGAGCCAGCUGCCAUACGAGCUGGGCAAGAUCCUCUCUGAUGUACAUUCCUGGGAUGGAGUUGUUAUUGCUGGAUACACAUCAGGAGAAGUGAGGUUGUGGGACACUCGCACCUGGGACUACACAGCCCCCAUCCUGGAACCAGUGCAUGGUCCUGGUGAUGCUGGACCUCAGCCACAUGUCUCCUUUGUGAGGAUAAACAGCUCUCUGGCUGUAGCAGCUUAUGAGGAUGGAACCAUUAGUGUUUGGAGCCUGAUGUUCGGGCGGGAGCCGAUCCAUCGCUACCAGCACAAUCAGAGGAUCCAGGCUUUAGCUCUUGUUUCAGAAGGUGCCACAGUAGCAACAGCAUCUGGCUUUGAGGUCAAAGUGGAAAGCCCUAAUGACAGAGGAUUCUGGCAAACUACAGGAACAUUUGAAAUCCAGAAACUGGUCAACUUCCUUAAUCUGGUUCCAGAUGUUACGGGGAGCCCAGUGACAGUAGCAGCUGCAGAAGACAUUGUGUAUCUCCUGAAAGCAGAAGAUCCUGAAAGCAGGAUUUCUGGCAAAAUCCUCCACUCUGUCUAUGGGCAGCCUGUCACAUGCCUUGAUGUGUCUGCUCAGGAAGCAGCCUUUGGGGUCAAAACCUUUGGCUGGUUAUUGAAUGAGCCCAACCAGAUUCUUCUUUACAAUCUGGAAACAAGUCAGUGCCUGAAGAAGAUGGGCAACUCAAUAGGUGACUUCACGUGUGUCAACCUCCAGAACAGCCCUCCAAACAUGCUUGUUACAGGCAAUAAAGACAGAAGGGUCAGGGUAUUCGACCUCCGCCAAAGCGAAUCCUUGUGCUCCCUCUAUGCCCACCAGUUAGGAGUUUCUGCUGUCCAGAUGGAUGACUGGAAGAUUGUCAGUGGAGGAGAAGAAGGCUUGGUCUGUGUGUGGGACCAAAGGAUGGGCACCAAACUCUGGGAGAUGCACGCCAGACAUCCAGUCCGGCACCUGUGGUUUAACUCUCACAGCCUCAUCACUGCAAACAUCCCUGAUGAGAAAACUCCCCGAGGUGCCAGCAUCAUGGAUGAUGACCUCACUGUGCACAGGAAGUACAGGGGAACCAUUUAUGCCUACGAGUUCUCAGUGGAGCAGCUGGCUGUAGAAAGCAUCCUCCCGAUCUGCCGCUCCUCCUACGAUGAAGUCACUGGUUACAACUACAACAUUGGCCUUGCAGUGCCCUAUGACAGCAUCUAGUAACUCACUGCACUUGGCUUCUGGGGUCCAGCCCUCUGCCAGGUACAUGGCCAAAGGCACAAAGGAGAUCCACAGGGAUGGAGAGACACAAAGAUGGUGUUGGCUGUAGGGAAAUCCUGUGGGCUGAGCCUUUGCUGAAAAUUUGGGGAUGUGAACCAGAACAGAGAGUGUGGAUGCCCUCAAAUGUCUCACAGAGAUAUGUUGCUGGCCAAAGAAAUGUUCAAAGGUCCUCUGUGGUGGAAGGGAGAGACUGAAGAGUGAAGGGGAACAGUACACUGGAGUGUAAACAAAAAUGUUCCUUCCUGCUGCCUGUGGGGAGACUGCUGCUGAUCCCAUCUUGGGAGAGGUCAUGGUCAGGAAGUGAGAACCCUGGAGUGGUGGGAGGCUGGGAGCACACUGAGGAGUUUGUGCCUGUCCUAAAAGGGGGGG